UAGAGAAAGGGACACAAUGGUCACAUUGAUGAAGCUGAUAGAUACAAUCAUCUUCUUUUACUUUCUUGUAUUUGCCAUUGGAGCACCACUUCUUGAUGCUCAAACAUGUCUUCCUUCCAAUAUAUUCCCACAAGUUCUCAUAAACCUCAAGACUUGGUACACUCAAGAAUUUAAAUAUUACCUGUUCAUCGAGAAACCUCAUUUUUUCGUUGGUCUUGUUUGGCUCCAACUUGUUUUCGCAUGGCCCUUAUCGAUUGCUUCGCUAUAUGGUAUUGUUGUUGGUAAAUCUUGGCUGCCCACCACUUGCCUGAUGUUUGGAGUUUCAACUUUAACUGCUAUGUCUGCCAUGAUAUCAGAACUUUUGGGAUCUGGAAAAGCAUCAGAAAAGAUAUUGAAGUUGUAUUUCCCUUUCAUGGGUUUUGCUAUUUUAGCUAUCAUUCGAGGUCUACUACCACAUUCUUUCAAGUCAAAUGCAAUUGGCAAACGACCCGUUAUGCUCAGAAAAAAGAGAGCUUGACUCGUUAAUCAUAAGGAUGAUGAUAUCCACUCCUUUCGUAGAGAUUUCUGUUUUGGUAUCUCUAUAGUUCGUGUGAUGAUCUGUAACUUUGUUGCGAUGGAUCUUUUUUGAAACAAAGACUUAGGACAUAGUUGAAUGGGGGAUAAACUUCCAGAUUGUGAAUGAGUUCUUAAUUUGCUUUUUCAUUCUCUUAUAUGAUUCAUCUUACAUUGUCAUUAACAUUGGAUUUUCAGAUACGCUGACAAGUAGUAGUUGGACUGGAUCUAUGGAUUAGGCAUCUGUAACUCCAGAAAAACAUAUUAGUGUAACAUUUUCACGGAUCUGAGACAAUACAGAG